AUGACAUCCAACGGUCACCAAGCGAGCCACGUUGGCUCCAUCCCGACGGAGCAUUUGAAUUAUGCCGGCGCGGCGAUAUCACGGAUUGAAAGCAUUUUCGAGUCCGUCAUUAACAACCUGCUCCACAAUGAACCAAUGAGUAUUGCACUCGCGUCUCGCAGAAGUCUACGCCGUCGUCAAAGCCAUGUGCCUCUGAGGCAGAUCCAGUUCCCUGGUCGCUCAGCUCAGGAAGCACAGCGAUUUGCUCGUGUCCUCUUGAUUCUGCAGUUAUCCCAUGACGCCCUCGUUUCAGGCACAGUACUGACCAAGCGCAACAUCUUCUAUCAACAUCAGGAGCUGUUUGGAACGCAGCGGGUGGUCGACGAGUUAGUCGAUGAUGUAGCCACGACACUCGAACUAGACCGUGAUGACUUGAAUAUUGUCGCUUCAGCCAAGGGCAUCAUGGCAGGACCGCUGAGGAUCCGCCUGAUCGAUGGUGGUGAAUUAGAUGCAUCAUCCGACACGGGUGUUGUAAUUCCAGCUUCCCGAUAUAUUCAGAGUAUUGAUGUUGGGUCACUUCGGUGGGUUCUUGUCAUUGAAAAGGAUGCAACGUUCAGAUCCCUCGCAUCGACGCUCUACUGGGAAAUGUCUGCCAGUGGCAAUGGACUGCUAGUAACGGCGAAAGGGUAUCCAGACAUGAUUACCCGGUCGUUUCUGCACUUGUUGGGGAGGCAGCAGCCUGACAUACCCAUCUUUGUUUUGACAGACUUUGAUCCAGAUGGCCUGAAAAUCUUCCACUGCUAUCUUCAUGGAUCGGGUAAUAUCCUGACGGAUUCAACUGUUGACAACCCAUCCUUCAGCUGGUUAGGCAUCAGAUCAAGUCACUUGGCAGCCAUGGACAGAGUUCUACAGACCUCCAAUAGUGGCAGCAGUCAGCCCCCUCCGACAUCGAGCAGCACACCAGCCCUCACCUCAUUCACAGCCCAAAGUGCAGCCGUGGCCCUCACACUUAGAGAUCGAAAAAUGAUUGUUGACACACUCAAAGCGUUUGAAACGGAGGACGGCGUCACUAUUGGAUCGCUGAGGCGGGAGCUACAGUAUAUGCAAGUGCUGGGAUACAAGGCAGAAAUACAGCUCUUGGAUGACUCAGGGAACCUAGACAGUUGGCUGGAUACGCAAAUCCAGAUUGAGAUGAAUACUUGGUAG